GGCGGUGAAGGCGGAGGACGUGGGGACCGCGCAGAGGCUGCUGCAGAGGCCGCGGCCCGGGAAGGCCAAGCUCCUGGGCUCCACCAAGAAGAUCAAUGUCAACUUCCAGGACCCAGACGGCUUCUCGGCCCUGCACCACGCGGCCCUGAACGGCAACACAGAAUUGAUCACCCUGCUGCUGGAGGCCCAGGCUGCUGUGGACAUCAAGGACAACAAAGGCAUGCGGCCGCUGCACUAUGCGGCCUGGCAGGGCCGGAAGGAGCCCAUGAAGCUGGUGCUGAAGGCGGGCUCGGCGGUGAACAUCCCGUCUGACGAGGGCCACAUCCCUCUGCACCUGGCAGCCCAGCACGGUCACUAUGAUGUGUCCGAAAUGCUGCUACAGCACCAGUCCAAUCCAUGCAUGGUGGACAACUCGGGGAAGACGCCCCUGGACCUGGCUUGUGAGUUCGGCCGCGUUGGGGUGGUCCAGCUGCUUCUAAAUAGCAACAUGUGCGCGGCCUUGCUGGAGCCCCGGCCGGGGGAUACGACCGACCCCAACGGCACCAGCCCCCUGCAUCUGGCAGCCAAGAACGGCCACAUUGACAUCAUCAGACUCCUCCUCCAAGCUGGCAUCGACAUAAACCGCCAGACCAAGUCUGGCACGGCCCUGCAUGAGGCCGCACUCUGCGGGAAGACAGAAGUGGUCCGGCUGCUGCUGGAUAAUGGGAUUAAUGCCCACGUGAGGAACACCUACAGCCAGACGGCCCUGGACAUUGUGCACCAGUUCACCACAUCCCAAGCCAGCAAGGAGAUCAAACAACUGCUUCGAGAGGCCUCGGCGGCCCUGCAGGUCCGGGCGACCAAGGAUUACUGCAACAAUUACGACCUGACCAGCCUCAACGUGAAAGCUGGGGACAUCAUCACAGUCCUAGAGCAGCAUCCGGAUGGCCGGUGGAAGGGCUGUAUCCAUGACAACCGGACGGGCAACGACCGGGUGGGCUACUUCCCGUCGUCCCUGGGCGAGGCCAUCGUGAAGCGAGCAGGUUCUCGGGCAGGUACUGAACCAAGCCCAUCCCAGGCAGGCAGCUCACCGGGGCCCUCUGCGCCCCCCGAGGAGAUCUGGGUGCUGAGGAAGCCUUUUGCAGGUGGGGACCGCAGCGGCAGCCUGGGCAGCGUGGCUGGUGGACGAGGCAGUGGGGGCCACACCCUGCAUGCGGGCUCCGAAGGGGUCAAGCUCCUGGCGACGGUCCUGUCGCAGAAGUCGGUCUCUGAGUCCAGCCCUGGGGACGGCCCCGCCAAGCCUCCAGAGGGCUCCACAGGUGCAGCCCGGUCCCAGCUCCCAGCGGCCCACGCAGGGCAGGUGUAUGGGGAGCAGCCACCCAGGAAGCUGGAGCCAGCCUCGGAGGGCAAGAGCGCCGAGGCCGUCGGCCAGUGGCUCGCCACGUUCCAGCUGCAACUCUAUGCCCCCAAUUUCAUCAGCGCUGGCUACGACCUGCCCACCAUCAGCCGCAUGACCCCGGAGGACCUCACGGCCAUCGGGGUCACCAAGCCAGGCCACCGGAAGAAGAUCACCGCAGAGAUCAGCGGCUUGAGCAUUCCCGACUGGCUGCCUGAGCACAAACCCGCGAACCUGGCUGUGUGGCUGUCCAUGAUCGGCCUGGCCCAGUACUACAAAGUGCUGGUGGACAACGGCUAUGAGAACAUCGACUUCAUUACCGACAUCACCUGGGAAGACCUACAGGAGAUCGGCAUCACCAAGCUGGGCCACCAGAAGAAGCUGAUGUUGGCAGUGAGGAAACUGGCGGAGCUGCAGAAGGCAGAGUACGCCAAGUUCGAGGGGGGACCCCUGCGCCGGAAGGCCCCGCAGUCGCUCGAGGUGAUGGCCAUUGAGUCCCCUCCCCCGCCCGAGCCUGCCCCGGCUGACUGCCAGUCUCCCAAGAUGACCACCUUCCAGGACAGCGAGCUCAGUGGUGAGCUGCAGGCUGCCAUGACUGGCCCGGCCGAGGGGGGCGCCGCCGCCGCCGCCACCACCGCCACCACUGCCGAGAAGCCCUCCAACCACCUGCCCCCGACGCCGAGGGCCUCCGUGCGGCAGGAGCCCAGCCUGGGUGGACAGGCGCGGCACAUGAGCAGCUCUCAGGAGCUGCUGGGGGACGGGCCCCCUGGGCCCGGCAGCCCCAUGUCACGAAGCCAGGAGUACCUGCUGGACGAAGGGCCAGCCCCUGGCACCCCACCCAAGGAGACCCGGCCCAGCCGCCACGGCCACAGCGUCAAGCGGGCCAGCGUGCCUCCGGUGCCUGGCAAGCCGCGGCAGGUCCUUCCGCCAGGUGCCAGCCACUUCACACCUCCCCAAACGCCCACGAAAGCCCAGCCGGGCUCCCCUCAAGCCCUGGGGGGGCCUCAUGGUCCAGCCCCAGCCACAGCCAAGGUGAAGCCCACCCCGCAGCUGCUGCCACCAACAGAACGACCCAUGUCACCCCGUUCGCUGCCUCAGUCACCCACACACCGCGGCUUUGCCUACGUGCUGCCCCAGCCCGUGGAGAGCGACGCAGGGCCGGCCGCUCCCGGGCCCGUGCCUGUGCCCGCGGCCGCCCCCCCGCCCGUGCCCACGCUGUGCCUGCCUCCGGAGGCUGACGCGGAGCCAGGGCGGCCCAAGAAGCGUGCCCACAGCCUGAAUCGCUAUGCGGCAUCCGACAGCGAGCCAGAGCGGGACGAGCUGCUGGUGCCAGCCGCCGCAGGGCCCUACGCCACCGUCCAGCGGCGCGUGGGCCGUAGCCACUCGGUGCGAGCGCCCGCUGGAACCGACAAGAACGUCAACCGCAGCCAGUCCUUCGCGGUGCGGCCCCGAAAGAAGGGGCCGCCCCCGCCCCCGCCCAAGCGCUCCAGCUCAGCCAUGGCCAGCGCCAACCUGGCAGAUGAGUCGGCGCCAGAUGCUGAGACGGAAGGGGCUGGGACCGAGGAUGGCCGGCUGGGGGUCCGGGCACAGCGCCGGCGGGCCAGCGACCUGGCUGGCAGCGUGGACACAGGCAGCGCUGGCAGCGUGAAGAGCAUCGCAGCCAUGCUAGAGCUGUCAUCCAUUGGGGGUGGGGGCCGAGCAGCCCGCAGGCCCCCCGAGGGCCACCCCACGCCCCGCCCCGCCAGCCCGGAGCCAGGCCGGGUGGCCACGGUGCUGGCCUCGGUGAAGCACAAGGAAGCCAUUGGGCCUGACGGCGAGGUGGUGAACAGGCGCCGCACCCUCAGCGGGCCGGUCACGGGACUCCUGGCCACGGCCCGCAGGGCGCCUGGGGAGUCAGGGGGGCCUGCAGACCACGGCCACUUUGUGGAGGAUGGGAGCGCCCGGCAGCGGUCUCGAGGUCCAGCCAAGGGAGAGGCGAGUGGGGAGGGCCCGCCCCUGGCCAGAGUGGAGGCCAGUGCCACGCUCAAGAGGCGCAUCCGGGCCAAGCAGAGUCAGCAGGAGAGCGUCAAGUUCAUCCUGACGGAGUCUGACACGGUCAAGCGCCGGCCCAAGGCCAAGGAGCGGGAAGCAGGUCCUGAGCCGCCGCCGCCACUGUCUGUGUACCAGAAUGGCACGGGCACCGUGCGCCGCAGGCCGACCUCUGAGCAGACUGGGCCCCCGGAGCUGCCCCCGCCGCCCCCACCUGCAGAACCCCCGCCCUCCGACCUGAUGCACCUUCCCCCGCUGCCCCCGCCUGACACGGAUUCCCGGAAGCCAGCCAAGCCGCCUGUCUCUCCCAAGCCCAUGCUGGCUCAGCCUGUUCCCAAGAUCCAGGGCUCACCCACACCUGCCUCCAAGAAGGUGCCGCUGCCAGGUCCUGGCAGCCCAGAGGUGAAGCGCGCCCACGGCACGCCGCCGCCCGUGUCUCCCAAGCCGCCGCCGCCGCCCACGGCGCCCAAGCCGGCCAAGGCCGCGGCGGGGCUGCAGUCUGGCAGUGCCAGCCCGUCGCCCGCGCCCUCGCCGGCUCGCCAGCCACCCGCCGCCCUCGCUAAGCCGGCCAGGGCGGGUCGUGCGGGGCUGCGGAGCCGGGGGGUCGAAUCUUGCGGCUCCGUGGAGGCGGGGCGGGUCGUGAGGGACAGGGGCGGGGCCCGGGCAGGGUGUCGCGCGCCCGCGCCUCCAGCUCACGCCGCGCCCGCCCCCAGCCCCUCGUCCGCGGAGGAGAAGAGCACCGGCAGCAUACUGGACGACAUCGGCAGCAUGUUCGACGACCUGGCCGACCAGCUGGACGCCAUGCUGGAGUGACGCGGCUGCUCACGUCGGGCCCGCCCGCGCCGCCCGGGGCCCCCGGCCCGCACACUGACCUUUACCUCAGGGUGGGCACCUCUGGGCGCAGCGCGAGCGGGCAGGGCGGAGGGCCGACGGGGGCCAGGCGGGCAGGGGCGGGCCCGUGCUGCCCAUCCCCUGCACAAGCACAACUCCUGCCCCCUGGGCCCAGGCCGGACGGCCGGCCUGGAGGACUGCCUGGCCAGGGGACCCGAGGGCUCUAAGUAAAUGCUGCUGCCCGGCGGGUGCCCGUCCCCGUCUGCUGCUCCCUGUGCAAUAACUGCUGGGCCACACCCGCCCACCCGCGCCGGGCUCUGCCUGCUGCGGGCGAGGAAGGGCAGCCCCUGGCCCCCUGCCCUGAGGCCAGGCCGGGUCUGCCCUGGGAGGCAGUGGGAGGCGGACGGCCGCUUUGGCCCCCUCCCCGAUCUGUGGCAGAGCACAGGCCUAUGCCCAGCACAGAACUGCCCAUUGGGGACUUCUGCCAGCCGCUCCAGCGCAGCACAAGGGACUGGGGCUGGGAUCACGCCCCCUGCCCCACUGUACCCCCCAGAAUAUAAGCUAUCGAGAGUAUUAAUUUAUUGGGAAUGAGCUGAGGCAGAUUUCCCCAGAGAAACAAAAAGGUAUAACUUUAACAAAUAUAUAUUUAAAGAAAGAAAAAAUAUUAUUGAUUCUAUAGAAAACCAUUUACCAACUGUAAGGACACUGAAGUCUAGCUCAAGACAAAAGCUGUUAGAGGCCCUGGCUGUCUGUCUGUCCAUCCUUCCCUCCCUCCGUCUAGGACACCUGGCCCAGUAGCACAAACAGGAGGCUGGGGUCCGGGAGGGUCCGUGCUCCGCUGGGGCCUCCCCUCGCUCUCCUAACUUCUCUGCGUCUGAAGAACUCAAAGGAUGUGCCUUGCUCGCUGCUGGGCUGUGUCCUCCGCACCGUGGAGCCGGUGGGGAGGGGCUCCCUGCUCUCCCAGGGUGCCGGUGUGAGGCGCGCCUGGGCUCCGGGGGGAGCCGUGCGUGCAGCGUGGGCACGUCAGCUGGGUGACCUCGGUGGGUGCAGGGCGUGCAUGCCAGGCUGCGUGUGGCGUGUGUCAGGGUGUGCCUGACCCUCCCUCCUCAGGGCUCCUCGCUGGCCCCGUACAGACAGCCUGCCCUCCCCCAUCUGAGUUCCCACGGACGCUUCUGCUCAUGGUCCAAGGCUGUGUCGUGUGGUCGUCCUUGCCCUCUCUCUCUUUUCCUCUCUCUCCCCUUUCCAAAAAGUACUGACUGGCCUCCUCUAUUGUGUUUGCUGAUCCACGUGUGUUGGGCACAACUUUGACGUUUCUUAAAAAAAAAAAAAAAAAAAAAAAAAGAAUUUAAAAACGCCGAAAACCAGCGGUUGCGAGGCGGGCGGGUGGAAGGGGUCAGCCAAGGUGGCAUCUGAGCGUGUGGGCCCUUUCCAGCUGUCAUGCCCUGAUAACUUCCCCAGGUGGGUGUGCCUGGCCUCCCUUCAAUGGGCGGCCCAGGCUGGGGCUCCAGCAAGUGGGGAGGGGGGUUCCGGGCAGGGAGCUACUGUCAGCUGUCAAUAAACAGCAGAAAACAGA